AUGUCGUUCUCCCGGUCACCCUCUCCCCACCCGACGGGGGUAGGAGGAUGGUCCAGCCCCGGCUUCGCACAUGGCAGUGGCACAUCUACGCCUCACAGUGGCUUACUAUCCCCGACUGCGCUAGGACCGAGCGGGAUAUCGUGGGCAGCCGCGAAAGCCAAGAGCGAUGAGGUUCGAGGAUAUCCAUCUUUCGCAACGAAGAACAACGGGUUCUUCUCGCGGUCAAGACGCCAGCUCUCCGCGGUUCUUCCGCGCUUUCGCGUCGGAUCACGAUCUCCCAAUGGCUACGUCGAUAAGGAUGAAUUCGGGCGGGGACACCCGUAUGCUUCGUCUGACGGCUGGCGCGCCUGGGCGCUUGGUAGGGCGAUGUUUAGACGUAGACGAUCGCGGCUGUUACUAGCCCUGAUCGUUUUCUUGCUCGGUUAUUCGUUCCUGUGGACACCGAUCGUCGAGGCCUACCGACGGUCAUCAUUGGGUGGUGGGCGCAAGUUCGUUAUCAUCUUGGAGUCGAAUAUCGAGGGUGGAGUGAUGGAGUGGAAGGGCGCGCGGGAAUGGGCGAUCGAGCGCAACAGCGUCUGGAACAAGGAUCAUUACGCCAAGCACUGGGGUUACGAGCUAGAGGUGGUCAACAUGCUGGCCAAGAAGCGCUAUUCGCACGAGUGGCGCGAGAACUGGGAGAAGGUCGACAUCAUUCGAGAGACGAUGCGCAAAUACCCCGAUGCCGAGUGGUUCUGGUGGUUGGAUUUAAACACUUGGAUCAUGGAGUACUCGUACUCACUGCAGGAUCACAUCUUCAACCGUCUUGGCGAGAUCGCUUAUCGAGAUAUCAAUGUCCACAACCCUCUCGGCAUCACCCAUCCUCCCACUGACCCUUACUUGGAUCAGGUGUCUCUCUCUCCUAGCGGGGAUAACGAUACGUCGUCGAUUAACUUCCUUCUCUCGCAGGACUGCGGUGGAUUCAACCUCGGCUCCUUCUUCAUUCGCCGCUCUCUCUGGGCCGACCGAUUGCUGGAUGCCUGGUGGGACCCCGUGAUGUACGAACAGAAGCAUAUGGAGUGGGAGCACAAGGAGCAAGAUGCUCUGGAGUAUCUGUAUACCACACAACCGUGGGUCCGCAGCGGUGUGGCCUUCCUUCCCCAGCGCUACAUUAACGCCUUCCCUCCUGGCGCCUGCGGCGAUGGGGACGACCCGAAGAUCCAUUACCAGGCAGACGAGGGGGAUUUCAUGGUCAAUAUGGCAGGCUGCCAGUUCGGCCGCGACUGCUGGGGUGAGAUGUACCGGUUCCGCGAGUACAGCAAAUGGCUGAAUCGGACACCAUGGGAGCGGCUCAGGGAGCGGUUCAAUGGGCUGCGUGAGAAGCUGUUUCCGCAAGUGGAGGGGGACACGCAGUGA